UGUCCUCGAUCUGCCUUUUGCCUCCCCAGUCCAGCAAAGCCAGGAUGGCGGCCCAAGAUAAUGAAAGGAGUAUCCUCGAGGAAAAGGUCGUCAACGAAGAAUACAAGAUCUGGAAAAAGAACAGCCCUUUUAUCUAUGAUCUCGUGGUCACCCAUGCCCUCGACUGGCCGACGUUGACCGUCCAGUGGUUUCCCGAUGUCGAAAACCCCAUCGAUAAGGACUACUCGGUCCAUCGCAUGUUGAUCGGGACGCACACAUCUGAGGGCGAGCGGAACUACCUUCAGAUCGCCAAGGUCCACCUCCCCAACGACAAUGUCGAGAUCGACUCGAAGAAAUACGAUAGCGAGCGUGGAGAGCUCGGUGGAUACGGGCACACCGACUGCCGCUUCAAUGUCGUUCAGCGCAUCAACCACGACACCGAGGUCAACAGGGCCCGAUACAUGCCCCAGAAUCCCGACAUCAUUGCCUCGCGACCAUCGCACGGUGCCGUCUACAUCUUCGAUCGCACCAAGCACACCCUGAACCCCAGCUCCGACGGCACUUGCAACCCAGAUAUCAAGUUGCUCAAGCACGCCAAGGAAGGAUAUGGAACUUCGUGGCAUCCACUCAAGGAAGGCCAUCUUUUGACGGCUUCCGAAGAUACCACCGUCUGUCUUUGGGAUAUCAAAGCUUACACCAAAGAGCACCGCACUAUGGAGCCCCUUUGCGUUUAUACCGGCCACACUGCGUGGGUUGAGGAUGUUGCUUGGCACGCUACCCACGAAACUAUUUUUGCGUCCGUUGGCGAUGACAAAAAGCUGCUCAUUUGGGAUACACGAAGUCCUUCCAGAGACAAGGCUUAUGCGAGUGUCGAAGCUCACGGCGCCGAGAUCAAUUGCGUUGCCUUUAAUCCGUCUAACGAAAGCAUCCUUGCUACCGGCUCGGCAGACAAGACUGUAGCACUAUGGGAUAUGCGCAACUUCAAGCUCCGAUUGCAUUCGUUCGAGAAUCACCAGGAUGAAAUUCUGCAACUGGGCUGGUCGCCUCACAACGAGACGAUCCUGGCUAGCUGCAGCAGCGAUCGUCGGCUCAACGUGUGGGAUCUCAGUCGUAUCGGAGAAGAGCAGACCCCAGAAGAUGCCGAAGACGGGCCUCCGGAACUGCUAUUUGUCCAUGGCGGCCACACCAACAAGAUCUCGGACUUUAGCUGGAACCUGAACGAUCCCUGGACCAUUUGCAGUGUCGCUGAGGACAAUAUCUGUCAAGUCUGGCAGCCGGCCAGCAACAUCUACAAUCUCGAGGAAUCGGUUGAAGUUCCUUCGUACAUCGACUAGCGACCUGCAUGGUAGCUGCGGUGACGCAUUCUGCCCUGGCGCCAUGGUCAAGCUCGAUCCGCCGCGCGAUAGAGCCCAGUCCCCUCGAUUCUCCAGCGCAAACAAAGUGAAACAGAGACUUGUUUUAUAGCCGAUCCAAUAAACAUGCUGGAUAAACAGCCGUGCUUCAGCCUGACCCGGCGACGGCGAUUCAA